AUGAUAUUUAUUCCAAUCUAAUUUUCAUCAGAAAUUAUAAAAUAUAAAUGAAUGCAACAAUCUCACCGUCUUUUAUUGUCAAAACCGAAAGGGAUGUAUCAACUACACAAGCCAUGACCGGAUUUAUUGGAGUCAAUCCGGAAACAACCACAUACCUGGAAAUAUCAACGACUCCUUUCACAACCCAAGGGUUUACUUCUUCUAUGCUUGACCACAAUGUCUCAGCAUACGAUGAGUUUCCAUGCCAACCUGUGCGGAAUCUGUGGACUUUGGCUUUUCAGAUUCUGAUUCUCCCAAGUUUCAUUUUCAACGUUCUACUCUUCAUCGCGGCUUUCCUUGACAGAGUGAAGCUGCAGAGGCAAAACUAUUUGUUCGCCAGCGUUAGCAGCACAUUACUGAGCAAUAUAUUGUACAUGAUCUUUCUCGAAUGGACUUUAUUGGAUAAUUACGUGGAAACAAAGUCAAGAAGUGUUCUAGGCGUGAUGAACGUUGAGAAGUAUGUUUGGGCGUUUCACGAGUCAGCGACCGUGUCGAAGCCUUUUCUUAUUUGCGGGAACAUCGUCUGCUUAACCUACGUCACAGUGAACAGCGCCACCUAUGUCGGAAGAGUAGCGAACACGGAUAACACUCAGAAAGCAGAGAGACGAUUUGAAAAAAUCAAAAAAGUGACGUGGGUUCUCAUCGUUACUUCCUGGUUUGUACCAUUAAUACUGACAGUUGUUGGAAUGCUGAAGAUGAAUUGCGUUGAGCAAUGCAUUUGCCCAUCAACUAACUUCGAGGGAGAUCUGUGCCCCAACCAGCCACACUGCUCUGUGUUCUGGGCUCCGGUUACGAAGACAUUUCUGUGGACAAACGUCGGACUUUGGUUCAUCUCGAUUGUGUGCCUUUGUGUCCUGGUUGUGCAUGGCGUUGUAAAAUAUCAGCGAACAAUGAAUAUGACGACAACGCGACGAAUCAGCGAUGUGACAUCACAAACAGAUAACGAAAUGAUGUCACAACGAAACAAUAACGGCGAAAAUGUGAAUUCACAAUCUGACAAUCGGAAAGAUAUCAUGACAACACAAAUCCAUGAACCAACCCGUAAAAGUAAUUUGAGACGCAGACGAACGCGUCGUUCGCUGAAGCACAGACUGAAUUCACGGCUUCGAUUUGCUUUGUAUUUGACAACGAUCUACAUCGCGUGUUCGUUGUGCUUCAUAGUUGCGAUCUCAUUGGACACAACUUUAGAUAAUUUUAACCCGACAGCUGCGUUCGCUUUAUCCAGGCUGUCAAUGUAUGUGUACACGACUGUCUGUCCGAUAAUCAUGGUUCAGCACCUUCCCGUGUUAAAAACAUCUCUCAGUAAACUGUUCCAUAAAAUAAGAACAUGCUGUAGAUAUUCAAGCCCAGACAGGGGGCAUCUAUGAGCCUUCGCAAAUAGGUCAAUAUUUAAAAUGCUCUUCUCAGCGGCUUUAUGUGCCUUGCCAAGGGACGUUCUUACUCGUUAUUUAUGACAGGAUUUCUUUGUGUCAAAAGCGUCGACAUUAACACAUUCGUGCAACAACGUGUUGCUGGGAAUUCCCCUUCAGUUACCACGGCUUCGCAAUGUCAUGCUAAUCAACAAUUUCAUUACUGUAUUGUGAUUGCGCUCACCCGAGCAUGACGCUACAAGGCAAAACUGACAUAUUUAUUCAUUGUAAACGGGUCUUCUCUGACUUACUCGACACGAUGGAUAUUUCUUCCCCAUUUAAACAUUUCACGUAUUCCCCGUUUUCAGACCAGAGUUGUGAAAAAGGGUUUUUAUGUGUUAUUCGUAAUUGGAUUAAAGUAUUUAAACGUAAACUUGCAUUGAGGUUUUACGUAUAUUUCAUUAUCAACUAUUGGUAUGAAUCAAUUCAUUUGGAAAGUGUAGUAAAUUUUAUUAUUUUCACAAAUUUUCAUUAUAAAUGUUUCAGGGAGAUUUAACAUCAUUUUCUUUAUUCCUUUUUACGAUAUUGUUUCCAUGAUAUUAUAUAAAAAAAAAUUAAUUUAUUUUCCAAAUUGUUAUUGUGUGACGUUAUUUUUUUUUUAUCAUUGCCAUAGUUACA